UACUGCCACUACCGCGACUGCCGCCACCACUGCCGCAACCUCCAGCGCACGUGCCACGGUGAAGGCGACCAACCGCUCACUUAGCUAACCCACCCCCCCCCCCCAAAUCCCGAUCCGCACGUGGCAAUGUUUGCAGAGUUACGCUCCGGCGUAACGGGCGAGAGCGACGAUCCAGAGUGACCGGGUAGAGUUAGGAUCCAGAGUAACGGGCUAGAGGGGAGAUCCAGAGUGACCGUAUAGAGUUGCAAUCGAGAGUAACGGGCUAGAGCGACGAUGCAGAGUGACCGUGCAGAAUUACGAUCCAGAGUCAUGGACGGGCGCUCUUCCUCUGUGCCGCUCUGCAGAGAUCGCUACGAGCGGACCGGGGUGGGUUGGGGGGUAAGGAUGAGAUGGUUCCUGGCACGCGAUUCCUUGAGGAACCCCUAGACCCCGGAGACCGAAUAAUCAGCAUUGACAGCCGGAAUCUCUCUCUGCCAAUAGCCGCACCCCUGAUAUCUGCAUCCCUCUCAUCACUGCGAUGGCGUCUUUUCUUCGAAACGCCCAAGAGAUAGCAGUAGCUGACCAGAUUCAUCUCACACUCCCCCACCCCCCCGGAGGCACACAGUGUACGAGGGCCGUUCAUUUCGAUAUUCCUGCCCGCUUUAAUUUGUUUCCGACAUAAAAUGCAGAGUGAGCUUUUGCCUUUGCGAUGUUCGUCGUCAAAUGGUUUUCCAUUUCGAGAUUACAUUCAGUUUGAUCUCUCGCUAUCCGAAGUGUGUGUGCCUACGUGCGUGGUGUGUGUGUGGCUGUGUAUUUUUAUGAUGCAAUCCUUUGUUGUUGUUAUUAUUAUUAUAUACAUUGUGCGUGGCGCAGUCCGGUCUCUUCACUUUAAUUUUGGUUUUUCAUCUUUUUCCUUCUGCGCCUCGACAGAAAGCGAAGGGGGGGGGGGGGAGUGUUUGAUUAGUCGCAGGCGAAGAACGGAGACCAUGUGAACGAACCGGCCGUGUGGAGGGAACCCUCCUGACUGACAUGCUAAGCAGCGGCGGGCCAACGCAACCGCCUCCAUUAAGGCUGCAGACUGACAGCGCGCAUGCGACGGAGUAUUGGUGGCCCAACGCGUAAUGCAGUAGCAGCAGCAGUAGUAGCUGCAGAAGUGGCAGCAGAAGAAGUAGCAGCAGCAACAGACAGCAGCAGCAACAGUAGCCAACAGUAGCAGCAAUAGCAGGGGCGGUAGCGGCAGCAGCGGCCGCAGUAGCAGCGGCAGCAGUAUCAGCUGCAGCGGCAGAAGUAGCAUUAUAAAUGUUUGCAGCAGCAGUCGUAGCAGCAGCAAAGUAACGUCAACUGCAGAUGAAGCAGAACCCACAGCAGCAUCAGCAGUAGCAUCAGCAGCAGCUAGUCCCCAUGCCGUGGUCUAUAUCCAGCUCCCCAGAUUUUGUUUUGUUUUGCCUUCCCUCCCCUCCCCUAACCCCCGCAAGCCACGACAACAAAAUCAAAUAGACGUUUUUUUUUCUUGUACAAAAAUGCACAGCGCUAAAUUACUUUUCCAGUGACAGGUAUAAAAAUGGCCUGGCCCAAAACACAUAUCAUGGCUUCAUAGGGAAGGGGCCAUAAAACAUAUCCAUUCGUUCGGAAGUUCAAUAGGAAUGCUUCUCCAGCUCAGCCACACCAGUAAAAAUAUAUCUUCUAAUCUUUGCCACCAUCACUCGGUGACACGUAAUCAUUGCUUUUGUGAUUUAAAAAAUCCAGGCGCCUUUUUUCAUCUUCGUUAAAUUGCUGAUUAAAUCGAUGGUUGUCUCCAAAGAAUGAUAGUAACAGUGUAAACAUAAUAAUAAUACGUUAAAUAAUUAUUCAUUUUUAUUUAUUUACAGCCCUUUGUUAAUCCACUGCUGGAUGAGAGGUUGACCCAUGCCGUGUCAGUCAAGGGGAUUGUUUGAGCAGGCCUCACCACGCUCAUCGAUUAAUUGCUGAGGCCUGGAACCAGCUCAAGAUGUUACUCAGCCUUGGCCGAGAAUUGAACCCAGGCGGCCGGGUUCACAGCGCAGCGCACGAGCCACCUUGCCAGGGACAUGAAUGAUUGACUUCUUAAGCCAUGAACUAUGUAAUUUUAUGGCCUGGGCCAAAACAGAUCUCAUGGCUACUAUACAUUUCCACGUGACAAGCAACUUCGUUGAGCUAACAUUUGUGACAGUUAGGUAGCUUCUAAAAAGAGCUAUAUUGCUCAGUGGGCCUUACCUUGUAAAAUAAAUAUAGGUAAUAGUUUUAAUUGAACAUCUAGCAAAAGUACGAAAGCUAUGGAGAGGCGUGGAGUGGCAUCAACAGAAUUGGCCAUGAUGAGCCCUCGACCAUAGCUUUAAAUAAGUUGAAUAAUUGACCCGAUACUUAAGAUCUUCUCUCCUAGCUUCUGGUUGUGGUGGCAAAGAGUCGUUAUUGGUACAACAGCAAAAGGAAAUUGACGUUUGCUGUUUGCCCCAAUUGGGGUCCGUUUAUAUGGAGUGGUCUUGCCAAUAACGUGUGCCAAUCCAUUGUCAUUUGUUUAACAAGCUUGACUCUGCUGAUGAGACCCAGAAGGUUGAAACCGGUUCAGAAUUCGCUUGCUUAAACACAUGCUUCUUGAUAGUAUUGAUAAUGUUGGUCUGGAAAGCCAAUAGGCUGUUUGACUAAACGGAUUCUUAGAUUGACAUGCGGAGAUGCAGAAUGCUGUUUGUGCAAUGAAGCUGCAAAGGUCACUUUGUCAACUCGGCCAAUAUGUUGACGAGUCAAGAAGCCUCAUGGAUUUCCUCCUCACAUGCGCAUUUAGCCAUUGGUGCUCGUUUCCCCCAUUCAAAGCUCUGGCUGAGCCUGUGCUGGAAAUUCCUCAUUCCUAUGACAGGGGCGAAUAUAAUUAUCGACCGAUCACUGUUGACUUCCCCGACAAAGCGGUGCUCAUUUUAUCAACGCCACAGGCGUGAUGGGCCGGGGUCAACCCUCCGAUCGCGAGCCGCUCGCUCCGCCACUGACUGAGCAUGGCGGGAUGUUUUUUUUUUGACGAGCGAAAUGUCAAUGUUUUUUUUCCCUUUAGUUUCGGUGCACAUUCUUCGUAAUGGAUUUGGUCAUUGCCACGUAAGCACCCGUGUGCACGUCACGUUCAUCAAAGCUGCGUGUGCUCUUCUUCAAUGCGUCAGGAAUGCCGUCGACACCGCGGCAGUGAUGCACUGGAUCAGCUUUCUCAUCCUCACCGUCUUCUUCGUGGAGAGCAUCUGCAGAAUCAUCGUGAUCGGCCUGGGGGACUACAUCGAGAACAAACUGGAGGUGUUCGACGGAGCCGUGAUCAUCCUGUCCUUCGCCCCCAUGGUGGCCUCCACGGUGGCGAACGGUCCACACAGCCCCUGGGACGGCCUCAGCCUCAUCAUAUCGCUGCGAGUCUGGAGGUUCAAGCAGAUCAUUGACGCGUACGUGCUGCCCAUCAAGGAGGAGAACGAGCUCAUCCUGCAGCACUGCGAGCGCGUCAAGCAGCAGGCCGAAGAGGAGGUGGAGAGGCUGACGCACAUCUGCCAGGAGCAGGCCUUUGAGAUCCGGCAGCUGCGAGCACACCUGGCGCGGCAGGAGAGCCUGGCGGGUGCCGAGUCGGGGGAGGGCAAGUCGACACCCACUCACCUGGCCGACGCCGUCACCAUGGCGCCCGGCUCCGAGGCGGACGACGAGGACGAGGAUGAGGGCAUCCUCGACAUGCGGCGCCAGCGCUCGCUUCGCCGCAAAGGAGUGUCGACGGUGGACGACAUGAAUAACUACGUGAACCAGUACUACACUCACCACGACGACGGAGACGGAGGUCACCGGGACAUCCAGCAGGGAGUGGCGGGGCCCUCGGCGGCCACCAUCGACAUCGACGUCCACCAGCCCAUGGGGCCGCGCACCACCACCUCGAGCUACGUGCAGGUGGACGUGCUGCACUACGGCUUCGACGGCCAGGACUCGGCGGCCGAGGGCGCCGACCAGGGCCAGCCGUCGGGCCACGGGCAGCAGGGCCGCUCGCAGAUGCCCAACAACAGCGGUGGCCAGGGCCAGGGCCAGUUCCAGUCGCAGUUCAUGGGCCACGUGCCGACGGAGCAGAUGGGCGGCCAGAACAUGGGCCAGCUGCCCUUCCAGAUCACCGGGCAGAUCCCCAGCCGCAUGUCGGACCUGAGCGCCGGGUCGAGGAUGGGCGACCCCAUGGUGGACAGGAUGGGCGACCGCAUGGGCGAGGACGACCCGAGCCAGAUGGCCUUCCACAUCACUGGCCAGGUGCACAACCGCAUCACGGAGCCGUACCUGAGCCAGGAUCAGACGCACGCCUCCUACCCGAUAAUGGGCCAGUUCCCCAACAGGAUUUCCGAGCAGAUGCCGGAGCAGGACGUGGGCCAUGGCCUGCGGCAGGCGCCCUACCAGAUAACGGGCCAGGCCCCGAACAGGCUUUCGGAUCCACUGCUGGACCAAGACUCCAGGCAGGCUACGGGUCAGCCCCAGUACCAGAUCAUGGGCCAGAUCCCGAACCGCAUGGGUGGCGCCGACAUUCUGGGCCAGAGCUCGUGCAGCGCUUCGCCGCCGUCCGCCCAGCACGAGAAGCUGAACGCGGGCCGGUCGGUGCCCAUCUCCACGGGCAACGGCUCGUCGGGCCCGCAGGGCGGCGGCGGCGGCGGCAAGGAGGCCGAGGCGACGGCCGGCUCGUCAGGCACGGCCACCACGACGUACCGCGAGACCUACAAGGUGAUCUCGCUGGAGCACCGCAACCUGAUCUUCAGCUCGGAGGACACGGCAUCCGUGACGGCAGAGCCCAACCCGCACGCCCACCAGCACGCGGGCCACCAGCACUCCGGGCACCAGCACGCGGCGUCGCAGGGGGCAUCACGCGGCACCCCGGCGGGCGGCUCGCCGCUGCACGGCGAGCGGGCGUACCGCGGGUCGCGCGCCUCCUCCGUGUACCGCUCGGAGCGCUUCGGCGGCUCGGGCAGCGUGCUCGACUCGGCGUCGGAGAUCGGCUCGGACGCCCCGUCGGCGGCAGCGGCGCUGCUCAGCUCGGCGCUGGAGGGGAGGCCCAUCCUGGAACAGGAGGUGUGCAUCGUGAAGAUGCGGACGUACCAGGCGCCGCUGCCGCUGCCCGGCGAGAACCCGGCCAUCAGCCUGGCCAGCCUCUACAAGGCCAUGGAGGAGAGCGGGGACUUCUCGAGCCUCAACCACUCGUAACCCCCCGCCCCGCGACCGCUGGCAGCUACGUUAAAACAAGCGCAAACGCGUGCCCCCGACGGUACGACCCGAAAAUCCGGAGCAUCAGGGAACUAUUUUUCGGCGGAGACGCGAGCUCCACGCUUUGCCCCCCCCCCCCCCCCCCCGCGCGCGCGUGGUUUUUGAUCGCUCGCCGCGGUGACUCGGUGGGGGGGUGGCGGGGUGGGGGGAGGCCGGCGCCGUUGCCCCCCCCCCCUCCUCCACCACGGCGUGCGCACUGCUACCAGCGCCACGGCACGGGCGGUGCCCUCGCGUUUCCACGGCAACCCUUGCAUUGAGUGCUCUAUUUUUGGACUCGACAGUGACACUACUCUGCACUUCUGCCUUGUUACACGAAAUGCAAGGAGAUUACUGGUGUCUCUUGAUCAAAGCGACAAUCAAGUUCCAAAAUAUUUUUUCACAACUUUUACAACUUCUAAUUAAUCGCUGGUGAAGAAGCUUGACGCGAGGUUAGGAAGAGUUUGACGACAUUAAUGAAGCCAGCCCUACUCCAAAAGCGAUUUGAAAAUGUACCGUUGAUUUAAUUUGUUUACUUUGAAUUAGCGAAGCUGCUAAUGGGGUUAUGAGGCCAACGAGGAUUGUACGAUUCUAAAAGGUAAACGCAGCCAGCCACGUAAAGACCCCCCCCCCCCAACUUCGCUCCCCCCUUCCCCCUCAUCUCAUCCCAUCCGACCCACACCCCCGUCCCUCCCUGGAGCUGUCCACCCAUCCAGCUCGCUCCACGCCCGACAAGGGGUGGGUGUCGAACGGUCGAUAGCGAGACAUCACAAAAAGGCAGCUUCACCUGUGUAACGACAGGUUUAAUCAGACACCAGGAGCUAUCUCUCUCUUUCUCCUCUUUGGCUUUUUAAAGAGGACAUUUUGUGACCGCUUUUUACCAUGCAAUGCACACAAACGCCGGUUUAUAUCGCAAAGCAAGUUUCGUUUUCAAAUCUCCGAGUUUGGAGCAAGAGUUUUUUCUCACUAAUAAAAACACGGACGAGCUUUAUAUAUAUCUCAAAAAAGUCAAAUGACACAUACACACACGACACACACACGCACGCGCGACUUGGCGCUGUUUCCGUGUAACAGUUGCAUGUAUACGAAAGAGCUGCAAAGCCAUUCAGGCGAGGGAUCUUAGACGUGAGGCUAUUUUGUCGGUCUCUCCGAGCCAAACUCGUGCCGCUGCCAGGACAGUUACGGGGCACACGCGCUCGUGGUCCAAGUGACGGGGGCCCCCUCUGCCUCCCCACCCCCCACCAACGCUCCGACACCCAACUCUUCACCCAGUCCCAGCGACCACUCGGUGGGACCGGGUGAUGGAGAGGGUUGCCGAGGGCCGGGACGGACGGCGAGGUGGGCUUCAUCGCUCGACGUUGCUGUGGCACGCGAAGUAGGCAUCGGACGUGAAGCCAUUGCCGUUGUCACAAGGUUGCGUUUUUAGUCCAGCUCCUUUGCAAAAGCUCCUCCUCUGCAUCCCCCGUCUCCACCCAAGCCCCCCCCCCCCCCCCCCCCCCCGUUGGAUUCCCAACAAUGUCGCGGCUGCUGAGGAAGUUCGAUUGUUGCGUCCGUAGCCACGGUGGGAUCACGUUGGGGGGGGGCAGCAUGGCCUUGCAUUUUCGUUUCAUUUGUGUUUCUUAGCCAAACGGCCAACCUGCACCUAACAUGCGUGUCUUGCCUCCCCCCCAACCCCCUGUGACCUAACGAUGGAAUCGUUUUUUGGUUUGCCCAGGAGAGUCUCGCCGAGUCUCAAGACUCAUAUUCUAUGAGACUUGCUUUCGGAUGUUUGGCCAAUGAUUCUUUCUCUGAAUAAUUAUAUAUAUAUUUUUGGGAAGUGAGAGGAAACCGGACUGUCCCGGAGAAAACCCACCACAUGGAUGAGGGCAUGACACUCGAGCUCCACACAGAUGGGUCAGAAAACUGCUUGCUGUACUGCCUCCUAGAGGCACCACAUUAUAGCUCUGCACACGGGUGUAUCGUGCAGUCUCCAAUUCCGUUCCGCUUUUAUAUCAAGGAUCGCGACUCAUUAGUUUGUGUUUCACCUCCUUGAUUUCCUGUCUCCUCUUCCCACACACGGCACGACCCCACCAGCCCCACGCCAUCCAAAGCAGUCCUCUCCUCUUUCACCCCCCCUCCCCCAACCAACCUCUUCAUCUUCUGUAAAUAUUCGUCGGUCCUUCUGUGCGGAAGAGACGGACAGGCGGGCGCGUGUGCGUGCGGGCGGGCGGGCGGGCGUGCGGGCGUGAGCUGCUGACGCAUCCCGGGUGUCACGGGACGGCGUCUCCGUCUGCCCGUCGCGGUUGUCGUCGUGAAACAGGGUUAGCCGGGACAUAUCCCCCGGCACGGUGCCGCCCGCCGCACCACCCACCGGCUGCGUAGCAGGAGGGCGCGAUCGCAAAGGUGCAUGUGAUGAUGAUGACGACGCCGAAGGGCAUGCCAUCCCAUUGAGCAGAGGCUCACUCUGGCCAUCCCCACCCACCCCCGGCUGGUUUAAAAUGCUUACAUCGUCUGCGCUUUACUUUUAACGAACUCUUUAAGUAACGAGUAAGAGUUUGUUCCUUUCCAAACGACGAAUCCACCCCCACCACCUCGCCCUCCCGCCCCUCUCCACACACAGUUGCACUUGCUUUAACUUACUUAGCUUAUAUGGAAUUUAAUUUUUUCUAAGCAUUGUACCAUUAUCGGAGUAUAAGAGUAUAAGUGUUAAACGACAGCACAGUAAAUAUACGUAAUUAAAACAAAACAUUACUAUAAUUUGAGAAAAAAAAGAUUCAAAUAUAUAUUUAAAAAAAUAAACUAAAAUAUAUUAUUAUAAUUUUUUUAUUUACUCGAUGGGUAACGUGUGACAUUCUGAAAUGGGGUCCCGGGCCCUGGAGGGUGCACGGUGGUUUACAUUACGACUUUAACUUGCGCAAAUCGUUCGGUCCGAUCGCUCGCCCAAUCGCUCGCUCGCCCAAUCACUCGCUCAGUUGCUCGCUUGAUCGAUCGCUCCCCCGAUUGGCUCGCUCGCCCGAUCGCGAUGGUGAACGCGACGUGCCGGGCACAAUUGGCACGGGGAGGUGAGUCGGCGUGCAACGCACGCUUGUUGGCUUUCAGACGCUGGCGUUUAAAAAAAAAAUAAUUCACACUUAAAUGGAAGACGGCCAGAGAAAGCGAUGAAAAUGACUGGAAACGAGGAGGCGGGGUUGGCGGUGGGGGGUUGCCCUCCGGCCCGGUUCCUGUGCGAGGUCACGGUGGUCAGAAUUGUGGCCGGCACGGGAGGUGGCACAAGCGAGACAACCCCGGCUGCCGCGGACGAACACGUUUUAUCGGACGUUUCAAGCCAACGCUAUCGUUCUUUUUAGUUUGUUUCUAAAGCACUAACUCUUACACUCUCAUGUACAGUAUUUUGAAUUAGAGAAGACAUUAUUAUACCCUGAUCACGAGCAAGGCAUUGUAUAAAUUUUGUGCACCUAAAAUUAAGCCAUCUCCCUCCUAUGCGUUUGACAUUGUACCAAGGUAUUAUGACAUAUGUUAACAUUUGUGUAUGACAUUAAAAGUAGGUGUAUCCAAUUUUUAGGUAUGUUGUCUUUAGCAUUUAGACAUGUCUCUUAAACUGAACGAUAUUUUCUGAAUAAUUUAUUUGAUGUACCAUGAAGGAAUGAAAGUAUUUAAAAAAAAUAAAAAUUAAAAAAACCAAAAAACUACAAAAAACUAACUAAAGGAAAAAAAGAGAUAAAGUUACCAUAUAGUUUCCUACUAUACAUUCCUUACACUAUUGUAUUAUUUAUAUAAAAAAAUAAUAAAUCAUUAUUAUACAAUAGGUUACAGUUGUGCCAAAAACAUUUCUGCACAUCACCCCAUAUGCCAAUAUUUUCAAACUCUUGUGUGAACCAUGCAUGAGUCAUCUUGUUAAACCACCCUUUCUAAAUAAAUCGGUUCAGAAAAAGGCCUCUUGCAUACUCGCACAAACGUGUCUUUAUGUUUAAAUCAUUGCUCUCGCCAGUCUCGCGAUGCAGACUGCAUACACCACGGGCCCCAUCCACGUUUUGGUGAAAAUGAUAAUUUUUCCUCAUCCUGAUGCCUCCCUACAUCGUCACCCAUCGGCGACGAGGGCUUAUUGUCCAUUUCGUCGAUCUGGCCCCUUGUACGUUAACAAGAUCGUGAUUUUUUUUUAUUUAAAACUUUCGUGACUGCAGGGUUCAUAAGGGAAACAUUGUUUCCCUUCUACGUGACUUUACCGUAAGAACCAAGAAUAUAGGAUCGUGACACUUGUAAUAAUCUGGAUUAAAAUUAAUCACGUCCAUUUCGCCUAGAUGACGAUAUUAGUUGUGUUUAAAGUAACAUAAAAAAUAAUCGUAAAGGGUGGAGCUAAAGUGACAGGGCUAGUCUCCCACACAUCUUCAUGAGAAUUAAGGACAAGUCAGAAUCAGAAUCUUGAUUUAGACUGGAGGAAUCCGAUAAGCUAUGAAGCUCUUUUUCACAGAUGUCCAGACGGCACAGGGAGCGUGCGAUUGUGGUCACGUAACCUAAACCGUGGUCCCUACAGUAAACCACUAGUCUGCGCUCCUUCAGCGGAGGAACAGGAAAACUACACAAAAUCUCACCUGAAGCCCUCUCGUCUCGCAGACAUCGACAUUUAUCUCAUGAACAUGCCAUGCACAAGAAAAUAACUCAAUUAUUUUUAAUAUCCCAGUACACAUGCAACAUUGGGUCAAUGUUGUUGGCAUGUGCUUGGAGCAGCUGGACGAAUAACGUUCCAGCAAUGUUCCAUCUUUACAGGGGAUAGCAUCGUUAUAUAUUCAGUACAUUUUUUCCCCAUGCGAAUUGUAAUCAACUUCAAGAAUGUUGGUACCACAUCAAGGUUGGGUUGAUAUCAUCGGUGGGGAACCAUUUUCUUACCGAGGGCCGAAUAGGACUUUAAAAAAACUUUUGCUUGCGAACCAAACCUUGCCACACACAUUUCCUUCAUUUUCCCGCACCUCCGGUUAGCAGUUGGCUAGGUACGGUGCAAAAAAAGUUCAA